GUCUGCUCUGGAUUCGCUGCUGGAUUCUCCAGCGGAAUGCAGGGGGGGCUACGCUGUGUGAUUGGCUGCUUCCAGUGGGCUCUCACUCCAUUUCCGGUUGGGAGGAGAGGAGAGUAGUUCGGCUGGCAGAGCUGGGAUCAUGGCUUCUCCUUCACGUCGGCUCCAGACUAAGCCCGUUAUAACAUGUCUGAAGAGCGUCCUGCUCAUCUAUACCUUCAUCUUCUGGGUAAGGAUAGGGCACAACUGCCCUGGGUAUUACCAUGGGGCACAUUGACCUCUAUUGGGACAGGAAUAUGUAUGGGGACCUCCUUCUGCCCUGCAUGGGGACCUCCUGCUGCCCUGCAUGGGGACCUCCUGCUGCCCAGCAUGGGGACCUCCUGCUGCCCAGCAUGGGGACCUCCUGCUGCCCAGCAUGGGGACCUCCUUUAGACCAUUAUGGGGUUUAGAUGGGUUAAUCUGGUGAGCAUAUUUUGUCUCUCCUGUUAGAAAGCAAUAAGUUAUACAACACUAUUCAUCAAUGUAAAAAAAUAUAACUACUAUGUGCCUUACUAAUCUACCAUAAUGUUGUUAUAUGUUGGUGUUUAUGGGGUACUAGGUUAAUAUUUAGAAGGGAAAUAUGAGAUGUAGAUGAGUUCAUUAGUAUAUUAACCAUUUCCUCUUGUAAGAAACCUUUAUCUCUUAAUUUCCAAAUAAAACCAACUUCUAUUCCUUAGUAAAGAAACAAAACAAAAUUAGGUUCCUUACCCUAAGUCUAAAAACAAAAAAACAUAAACUAAAACCUUAAUCUAAUUUAAAAUGGUAUUUUACCUAGGGAUGAAUGUGAUACUAGUUUAGUAAUCAGAUAAGUAUGAAAUGUUUUUUGUUAACAGAGAAUUACGUUUCAGUAACGGUUAACAUUAUUGAAAGAAAAAUAAAAUAAGGAAAAGGACAUUCUAUUAUUUUUUUAAUGCAACUUUUGAGUGUUGAUACUUUAAAAUCUGUACACCAGAAGGUUUUUUCGUAAGGUGUUUUUUUUUUGUUGUUGUUUUUGGACGCUGCAUAUUACUAAUGUAUGGUUUAUUAUUAUUUUUUUUAAACUGUCAUUUAUAAAAACUUCCAUAUGGCAAACCUAUUUUGUGCAGGGUUAAGUUAGCAUUGGGUCCCAAAAUGAGUAUGUACAGGGCAGAGUCUAAUAGGGUAUUGUUUGAGAAGAAGAAGGAUAAUAACAUUUUGUAAACUAAGUGGCAGAAUUCCCCUGGUGGAAUUGCCAAUACUGGGGCAGUGAUCAAAUUCUUAAUAAUAUUGGUUUGCAUGUUAGAAGUAUAUAUUCGUUUUAUAUAAGGAUUUGAAAUGAGCACAUUUUUCAGAGACUUGUAACCUUUAGUCCUAGUGACUUGUUUGCUAAGUAUUUCCUAAUUACGGAUUAAUUAGAAAUAAAGUAAUGGGUGCAGUCCAGGGCAAACUUUAUAAAGUAACCCUUGAUCUGGCUACUGAGCUGCUUUUAGUGUGGUUAUUAAUAAAUAGAGGUCACAUAUUAGAAAAUGUUGAGCCUCACCAAUUUAAAUUAUGAAACAAAUGUUAAAAUGCACACCAAGGUGUAAGAUGCCUGAACGUCUCUGCCUAAUUGAAAUUGGGUAUUGUUUCUUUUUUUUAAGUCGUGGUAUCUUGUACAUGCUAGUUUAAUAGUGAGUCUGGUAACUGUGGUUGUCGAAAAUGACUUUAUAUGGAUUUUUGCCUUCAUUCUGGGUACAUUUUGUAUUGUAGCACAAAGAAUAGGUUUAGUGACAGUAUUUCUAUUUCCAAUUUCCCAAAGCAAGGAAAGUGUUCUAUAUUCAUUAAGUGACCAAUGUUCUUUCUUUAUUGGACAUAUCUUAUGAUUACGUUGUAUAAUCCUAAAUUGAUACACUGAAGCUUUGAAAGAGAGAUUUAUUUGUUUUUGUUUCUUUUUAGCAGGGAUGGGGAUGAAAAUAUUUUUGUCCUGGAGGUUGUUACUAAAACUUUGUGAAGUAAUUAUCAUAAUUUUGCCCCCUUUUGCGAUUUUAUUUUUAAAAGUAUUGCAUGUCAAAUAUGCUUCAGAAUUUUCCAAAAUAGACUUUUCAAUAUGAGAGUGAAAGAAAUGUAUGUUCAACAUUUUGUAUAUCUUUAUGUAAACACAACUUUAGGUGGUAAAAUGCAGCUUUGUUUUGUGUAUUUUUCUAAAAUUUCAAAAUCUCCACCUAGUUGUUUUUUUUUUUUAUUUAGUUUCCUCCUUCCUGCGUUUACUCUUGGAAGGCAUACUUUUGACAUUAUUGUCACGAUUCUUUGUUGUAUUGUAUUUGUACAUAACACUUUAAAAAAAAAAAUUUUUUUUUAUUAAAAAGACUGAGUUGUGCUUUUGUAAGCGACAAAAGGAAAAAAAAUGUCUUGUCUUGGGACAAGUCAAGUCCUUACGUGUACCUAUAAUUGGCCCCAAAAGAAAGAUAUAUAUGAAGCCCUGCAUUCUAGAGCAGGGAUUCAUGACAAUUGUGUAAACGUUAAACUUGCUAAUCACAACAAAGCCAAUUUCACAAUAAAUAUUCUUUAUGUUUACAUUGUGGCAGUGCAAAACCCUCAUGUCCCCUGUUAAUGGGAAUUUUCUUUUCUGUUUUGUGUAGUCGUUUCAUAGCAAUUGAACAAAGCCCACAGCGAACAUUUGGUCAUAUGCUUUUCAUCUUUUUAUUUAAUUCUUCAAUGAAAUCACUAGUUUUGUCUUCUAUUCAGUAAAGCUGGAUUUGCCGUUGCAGCUAGUUUGCUUCGAGAUUUUUAAAGGUCCCAUCAAAACCCUUCAGUUCUCUUGUAUGUCUUUGUAAAUGUAAAAACAAACUCUUUGGAUCUGUAACAGAGCUAACUUGCCAGGUUUGAUAUUAAAUCUAUUCAAAGCAAUGUAUUUCUAAAUUGUAACCUGGUUUUAGCAGGGCCGUCUUCAGAUUUUGUGUCUGUACACAUUCUAUUUGUAUGUCAAUUACAUAUUGUUGAGUUACAGCAUUUUCUUUUUGUAAAGCACUGUGGAAAGUGUGGCUGUAAAAAUGCUAAUAUUAAUUUCAGUUAACUCACCAAGAACUCGUAACAAUAAUUUACACUUAACCAAUGGGAAUUCACAUGGAAUUUGAAAUUAAAUCUCAAAAAUAGCUGACCUGGUAACCCAUGAUUUGGAGAUUUAUUUUUUUUACAGCUAACUGGACAAUACUUUUAUACUCUCCAGGUAAAUUCUUGACUCCCCCUCCUCCACCUAUAUUGCCCUUCAAAUUUUUCUGGUGCCUUAAAUAAUGAUAAUGAAAAACAAUGUGAUAUGGAUUUGCGCUUGCUACAAAUGCCCCAGUUUGUUAAAUAAAAGAGAUAACCUUUCCUUUCUUUCUCUUUCUGCCAUACCUUGGCUGGAAAAUGCCGAGAUAAGUAAGUAUUGCAUGCCUAACUGAGUGUAUGCUAUUUAAAGCAAAAAUAUCUAUUAUCUUAACCAUAUGUCAAUUAUAUGAAAGCCUUUUUAUGUUGGCUUUGAAAAUUGAAGAAAAAAUAGCCAUAUAAAUUAAUGGAUAAUUAUGGGGUAAAUGUGAUCCUAUGUUUAAAAAAAAAAAAAAAAAAAAAAUGGACAUCUUUUAAUGUUCAACGUUUCCUUUACUGCACUGUUUAGUAGGUCUAGCUGCAGGCAAGUGGUGGGGCUGCUACACUGGAUGUUGGCGAUCAGUGGAGGGGGUGCUUUGUCUGCUCCUAUGGUGGGUACAGACUAAUCACUCACUAGUGAGUCAGGGUGCAGCUGCCAGGAUCCCAGCUUGCAGUCUCAUUCCCUGAUUGCUGGACUAUUAGAGAAUGAUUACUGUGGUCAGGACCUGCUGGUGGUGCAGACCACACACUUUUAAAAUGGACCGCCAGGGAGUUAAGCUGCCUCUUGAGCACCAGGCAGUUUUGACUCCUACUGGACCAGCAUAGAUCAUAUUCUCCUCCCUGCAGGAGGGGGGGGGGAUUUUUUUUUUUUUAUACUGUGUUAGUUGCAGAACCUGCAAAUCCUGUUUAGUCCAGACCACUUUUUUUUUUUUUUUUUUUACAUAUUUUUUCACGAAUGACAAAAAUAUGUCAUUGUUUCAUAGAGUUGGCUGAAGCUGGUAUUUAAAGGAACACUCCCACCCCGAUAACAACUACAGCUCCUUCAAGUUGUGUUAUGGGACAGGAUUGUCCAGGCACAAUUUUACUUUCAGAGUUUAAAUAUUGUAUCACGGUUGGCCCCAAAAGUUGAUCCUCCAGUGCCCCACACAACUACCCCCUCCCCCCCUCACACACACUCUGGGCUUUCUUCCUCUCUGCACCACAAUAUUAGGGAUUGGCCAUGUGGCUAGUGACAGGCUGUCUCACCUGAUGGUUCCAGCCUAUUACUGGACAACAACUGAUAGAAAUACCAAGCUUCAUAAUCAGACCAUCUUCAGGAUUAAUCCAUUGCAUUAUGGUUAAAGCACUGAAGGUAAAAUUGCACCCACACUUUCUUUCCCCAUAACAAUGUUAAUAAGCUGAAGUUGUUAUGGUGAAAUCACCUUUACUAUUUUCUAUCAUAAAACCAGACAUAAGUGUGGAUAGUAGAUUAUUCCAGGGUUUUUUUUCUCAAUGUUUUUAUCUGUAAUUAAAAUUCCAUGUAGAAAAUAGCAUUCAUAAAUGGCAUAGUGGUUGUCCACAUGUGUGAAAGUACAAAGGAUUGAUGCCAGUUCCCAGGUGGUUAUGAAAUGUUUGGUUUGUCACAUGGGGUAAAAUCCAAAAAACAAAGUGUAUAUGACGUGGCCAUCCUAUCGAGGAGUUGGCAGUAAGUGAUAUUUGCAUGGACUGUUUAGAUCUUGGUGCCUUUUUGUUUAUUGAUCACUUAUUUAGUUAUUGUAAACAUAAAUAUUUUCUAGUAUGUCUUCUCUAUAAAUAUUCUUAUAAUUUAAGGGUUCUAUAAAUGUGUAAUCUUUACAUUGUUUCUAUAGUGGUUAUUAUGCAAGGAGAAUUUCAGUUUUGUCUCUUCGUUGUUUGUCAAAUAUUUUGCAAUGGUUUGGCAAAGACCAGGGUUUUCUAUGAACACAAAACCUGAUCCCUCAACAACUGAUGUGGUAAUUCAGAAGUGUCACAUCUAUAUUAUCUGUUCAAAUCCAUCCUGCCUUGAAGGACACUGAUAAGCUGCAAGCAUUGAGCUAACCUGCCUCUCCGCAUUUACAUCUUGUCAUUGCUCUCCAAGGGUGGACAGAUUUUCAUGGCUAGUACAAAAGUAAAACUUUUACAUAUUAGCGGUUGAGCUGCUCAGAUUUUGGUGCAUGGAAAACGGUGACCGUGUGACCCAAAAGAGGACUGUUUACAGCCGCAGAAGGGAGCCUUGUUGUCGUGUCCUCCUACCAUAUCUUGUCAAUAUUGUUUUACAGAAAUUCAAUGGAUGGGGUAGAUCAAUUUUUAGCUGUGUAACCAGUACACUGAGCUGUGAUGGUUGUUUUGCUUACUGUAGAAGGGGCAACUUUGGCACUCCAGAUGUUGUUGACUACAUCUCCCAUAAUGCUCUUACAGCCACAAUGGCAAAGCAUUAGGGAAGAUGUAGUACACAAAAUCCGGAGUGCUCAAGGCUGCCAAUCCCUGGUUGGUGAACCCCUUUUAGUAAUGCCACACAAUCCUUUCAAAAUUAAAACUAAAAAUAUCACACACAUUCUUUUUCCUGCAUAAAAGCCACAUUACUAGAGAAGAGUAAAUUAAUGGCUAUAUUUCCAGUGCCUUCAUCAAUUAUUAUGCUGAUCAUGUUGAAUAUGCUGAAGGGAAUUUAAAUCACCUGUCUGAGGCCUGUUUGCAUAUCUCUUAUAAUGGUUAUAUUUGGCAUUUCGUUGACAUUAAUGCAUAAAACAUAUUUAUCUCUGUGUAACUCUUAUGAAACUUUAGAUCACAGGUGUCAUCCUUCUGACUGUUGGCGUUUGGGGGAAAGUCAGCCUGGAUAUUUAUUUUUCUCUACUUAAUGAGAAUGCCACCAACGUCCCUUAUGUGCUCAUUGGAACUGGGGCUGUCAUCAUUCUCCUGGGCACUUUUGGGUGCUUUGCCACAUGCCGGGGGAGUACUUGGAUGCUGAAACUGGUGAGAACUUUUUUUUAAAUAGCUUCUUUUCUUGAUUAUCUUGUUUUCUUUUACACAUUAUUUUCUCUAGAUCCAUAUUCGUUUCUGGGCUUUACUGUAAAAGGCCAUGUAAAUCUAAAAGCCAUUGCUUUGUGUCAAGGAAGCUCCUGUGCCACAGCCUGCUCGAGAGGCAUAACAGCUAGCCUCCUGCCCACAGACUAUGGGCCUGGUCACAGACUUCAAAAUGAUCUAUAGAAUAUGGGUUUUCAUUGUGUUAUUGUUGAGUUACUAUGUAAAAUGUUGAGCUGGAUGAAAGCUAUUGUGUUAAUUGUAUUAUGUAAAAUCUGUUGUGCAGUUUGUGCUGAAACCAAACUUCCAGGCCACUUGUGUGUGACUUAUCACGCCUUAAAUUGUAGCUCCGCUGGGGGUCCCAGCUUCAAAGAGGAAUUUACGCUCUGACAUUGCAUACAAUCAAUAUGACCCCUUUUGAAAUUGACAAUACCACCUCUACCAGGCACGAAGAUAACUUUCGUUUUACCAAUCCGAUCUAAGCGUUUUUUUGAUAUGUUGUAAAAACACAUCAAGCCUGGUAAAUAAUACUCCCUCAAACGAAAAUUGUAAAUAGGAGCUUAGAACGACACUCCAGAUCCCUAAAGCACUUUAGAUUACUGAAAAACUUGUGUGACGAGUGUUAUAUAAUUUUUUAUUUUUUUUUUGGGAAAUGGUGCAGAUUUCAAUAGAAAUUGAUACUUGUGGCUUUUCAAGCAGACAACAGGUCUUGUUACCUCCUGGUUUGGCUAGCCUUUUUGCACUGAACUGAAGAGGCAACAAUAUCCAAGAGCACUUGCCUGGCAUAGACUGCUUAUUGAGCUGCACUGGGAAGUUUGUGGUUGAACAGUCGCAUAAAGUCUGGGCGAGGUUAGAAGAGGAGGGCUUGCAAAGUUAGCAGACACCAAAUAUGCAGGUUUUGCAAGCUGUUUUUAUGUAUGCUCCCAAUGAAAAAAAAAUGCAUACUUAAACGCAUGCACGUUUUCAUUUGGGUUAUAUCCACUAAACAGUGAUUUUUACUUUUGUAUUUGGGAAGUGGGUUGUUCCUUUAAUAAGUAAUUCUGGACUAGAAAUUUCCAUUGCGCAAAAAAUGACACAGUGCUCAAUCCCUGGUUUCAUAUGAAUGAAGGGUACAUACUCCUUGCACUGAAAGAUUUAGGCAGUUCUCUUUAAGCGCACACACAGAGCACAUUUUAGGCCUGCGUCCAUGGAGAAAAUAAAUUCUUGGUGGUAUUAAUGUUUAUGCUUUUCCCCUUUCUCUAGUAUGCCAUGUUCCUCUCUCUUAUAUUCCUGGUUGAGUUGAUUGCAGCCAUUGUAGGACUGGUCUUCAGACACGAGGUGAGUGUUAGAUUUCACACAACUGACCAGCAUGGUUUGUCUAUGAGUAUGCAGAUAAUUCCUCAGGCUUGUGGUUAUUGAAUAUGAAGGUUGAGACCUGCAGCAAUGAAAAAAAAAAAAGAGCACUUAGCUGGUGUAUGAAUUGAAAUAAAUCAAAAUUCAGCAUAAUUUCCUCCUCCGGCAAAAAAAAUAGUGUAGCUGUCUGAAUGUUGGAGUAGUUAGUUGUUCACUUUCCUAGGGUUUAAAAUGUUUAACUCUUUGUAGAUAAAGAACAGCUUUGAACAUGGCUACCAGCAAGCUCUCCAACAGUACAACUCCACCGGUGAUGCCAGAAGCCAGGCUGUGGAUACCAUUCAGAGGACUGUGAGUAGCAUUCAUACUGGCAUAACGGGUAACUUUAAAAUGCCCUGAACUACAAUCAAAUAAUGCCAAGAAUGUUCUUUAUUGGUUUGUAGUGAUACUAUCUUUUAGAUCUAUACCAUUCCAUGCAGAGCUGGAACACCCGGCCACUUGAAGGUGUGCACAUGAGACACAUACAGGGAUAUUUACUAAGGUGAGAAUUCAGAGAGAAUGUCAAUUUAAAGCCCAGAGUAGCUGAACUAAAACCAUUGCUGACUUGGAGAUUUAAAUUUUUUUUUUAUCUAGUUCAGCUAUUUUGACCUUACAUGUGAAAUUCACUCUGAAUUCCCACUUUAGUGAGUAACCCUGAGGCUUUUUUUUUUUUAUUUUUUUUUUAUUUUUUUAUUAUAUAUAUAUACACAUGGCUGACAUGUUUUAAUUCACUUUACGGUCCAUGGAACCUAAUUCAUAAUUAUUGAAAUCUUCAUUGAUAAAUAUAAUGUGAGCUUUUCUUAAUACAGUUUUUUUUUUUUUUCUUUUUGAAAUAAGAUGAAAUGUAAGGAAUGUGUUGUGCUUAUAUUAAAGGGCCAGUUAAAUAGUAGAAUGCCUUUUGAGAGUUUAGAAAUGAACUUGUAGUUACAAUGAUUUUUAAUUCCCCCGAGCACAGUCUGAUUACAGAAUGAGAUUAUUGGUUAUCUGGUCAGUGAUUGCUAAUCUUGCUGUGCUACGAUCUGUAACGUGCUUGCAUUCCCAUCUGAUCAGUGUUGGUGAAAACAUUGUAACUUGUAAAGUACCAUGGAUUUAAUACAUACACCAUGUGUAGGUCUUAGUAUUGACUGCUAGAGAUCUGUUUACUGGUGGGCGGAUAAAAAAUAUUUUUGGCUGUUGUAUCCAGUUUUGUGGAAGUGAGUUUUGAAACUUGACAGCCUAUCUAUGGUUAUGAACAGGACAGAUUGUACUACUCUCAACAUGGUAUGUUCAGUAACAAGUCAUUUAUGACAUCCAUUGAUUCCACUAAAUAUCUUAAUCAAUGCUUGGACCUGUACUCAUGGGAGAGAGACCCCACACAAAUAUCAGCAAUCUGAUUUACACUUCAAAUUUGAUUGAAUUCUAAAUGAGACUCGUGGUAUUUUGGUAGUUUUAACAGAAUAAAUAUAUAUUUCUAUUUUUACAGUUGCAGUGUUGUGGAGUUAAGUCUUACAUUAACUGGGGUGAAACGCCAUACUACAAGGCGCAUGGUAUCCCCAUGAGCUGUUGCCGCCUUCCAGGUAACUGCACAGAAGCCGACAUGAAGGACAUGGUAAAAGCCAAAGACAAAGUAUUUCCACAGGUAGGUUUGGCGUAGGAUGGUUAUUAACUUGUGAAUUAAUAAUAGCAGAUACAGUAUUCUGACUUUGCUUAUUGUCUGCACAUAGAACUGUGAGCUUAGGGCCAUCCAUAUAUGUGCACUUACUAGCAUUUGAAAGCUAAAUGUGUUCUAGGGUAGCAACAUCAAAAUGUAUGGACAUUGUAUGUUUGUUGCUAUUCUUAUUCUUUAAUAGAACAAAAUGUUUCAGAAUGCACUCAGAAUUGUGGGGGAAAAAUGUAAUUUGUAGCUUAUGUGCUAUUUAUCACUCUACGUAGCUGAUUAGGUAGUAAGAUCACGUUACUCUUUCAGCCACGUAACCGUUAAAGGGACACUGUAGGCAUUCUAACAACUCAUCUUAUUGAUGUUGUUAUAGUUCUUUCAGUCAAAUCCCCGAAACCUUUCAUUUUAAUCAAUCGAAGGCACAGCUUCAAGCCACGCCUCUAAGCCCUCUGGAUACGAGAGCUGGACUGUUACUGCCCGGUUUGUAAAACCUAACAUACUGUGACAUCACGAGUGCAUGCGCAGUGCCAUCACAGUUUGUUUGGGGGUAUCACAGCAUUCCCUGCCAUGUGCUUACGUUCUCCAAAUGAGGAGAUGGAAACCCGGUGUUUAUUUUUUUAUUUUUUUUAUUUUUUUAUUUUUUUUAUAUAACAUACACAUGGGGGAGGGAAAUUAAGUGGUGACACUAAAGAAACAAGUUUAAAAUACAGGUAUGCAAGUGUCCUGUAACUGUAGAAGUGAGAAAUAUUAAGUUUCUCAGGAAGAUAUUGAACUGUACUUAAUUGAGAUCUCUACAAUUUUACGUAAAGCAGAAUUUUUGAAAACGGACUCACUGACCAAACCGCUUGUUUAUCUGGCAGGAAUAACUUCGCCAUGUAUUGAAAAGUGAACCUGUCAUCCACAAAUAAUUACAAGUUCAUUGCAGGUAUAGAUUAUGUCACUAUUGGUAUUGACGUAAUCUAUACAUUAUGCUGGCGAAUACACAAGCAUAUAAAUGUAUAGAGGACAAGAGCUGCUUAACUCAAGAUCAGUCCUUGGAGAUUUACUGCACAUACUUGGCGCUCUGGAAGUCCCAGAGUCAACUAUCAAACCACUUACAAACUAGCAAUGUGGGGUGUCUGAUCCUUUUGGUCUGCCCAUUAAUGCUAAAACAAAGGUUUGACACUUUCAACCAGUUUAAAAUGUUGAAAGUUAGGGUGUGCAUUGGUCUGCUAAUGCAGAACUAGGCACUUGCAUUUUAGCAUUGCUGUCCAACAGAGCUAGCAAAUUGUUAAAACUUUCAUAAUUGUUUUGGCAGCACCAGGGGACUCUUGGCAGCAUAACAUUUACCCUGUAAAGGUCAUGGUGUUUAGAGUAUCCCUUGCGUGCAGUACAUAUCUAUUAGCUCCAUAUUUUGUUGUUCAGUGAAAGAGAACCGGGAGUCACUCUGUUCUGAAUAGAAUGUAAAGCAGAGCAGGGAUUUAAUAUAAAAGCAUCAAUAAUUGUUAAAUUAAAAAUGUAAAGAUGAAAUCAUUACCAUUAAUUCUGCUCUUUAAUAGGGCUGCAUAGCUUUGGUAACUACAGUGAUGGAGUCCAGAAUGGGCAUUGUAGCUGGGAUAUCAUUUGGAAUAGCUUGUUUCCAGGUAAGUGCCUCUCGAUGACCCAAUACUGAGUAGCAGUGGGCAUGUGUACUACACAGUGUUGGUGAGCACCUAUGACUAAACCUGUUUAAAUAACAUUAUUUUAUUGUUUGAAUCAUGUUGUUUAUUUUUUGAAAAGCAGUGUAGAGUUUGUAUUAUGACUUUCACUCCAGUCAGUGCUUGUGAAAUUAUUUAUUCAAGGGUUACAUUGCUUUACAAAUGGUCUGUGUUUUCAUUUAUUUUUCUUCUUUAUUAACCAUUGACUCAUCAUUAUUAUUCUUUAAACAUAAAGAUUUUGUAUAUUACUUAUAGUAGAUUAUAGCACAGUGUGUACUAUCUUGUACUACAUACAUUUAAGUAAAUACCCCUGCUUCAGUGAAACUGCUGUCUGACUGUUAAUUAAUUAACGUAUGUAUUCAUUCCAGAAUAGUAUCAAAAAAUUGCAUGCAAUCUUUUAUUUUCAGUAUUAAAGGAAAACUAUUAGUUUUAUCAUUUGUAUUGCAGACAUAUACAUUUCAUUUAUAUUUUUAUGGAAAAAUUUUCUGCUAUUGAGGGAUGUUACUUCCGUUGGUACAAUAUCUUUUUAAGCGUGGUUUUUAUGUAUGUUUGUUUUUUCUUGUAGCUUGUUGGAAUGUUUUUAUCCUGCUGCUUGUCCCGAUACAUAACGAACAACCAGUAUGAGAUGGUGUAAACUCACCCUGAUGCGGCAGGUAUUCAGGUACAACAUCUGUACUUCUAAACGCUCUAGCUAAAUAAGAUCUAUGUUGGCAUUUUUUUAUACAAGAACAGCAAAAAGAUAAAUUGAAGCAAAAAACAAGUGCACCAUUGACACCAAAACUUAUUUCCUCAUGUACAUUGGGUCACUUGAUUAAAGUCACAACAAAGUGCUCAAAUCCUUAAAGGUUACCUGUCAUGACAGAACUUAAUCUUAAAUGUUAGACCGGAUUAUUUGCUGAAGUGAGAAUUUUAAGCGAAUUUCAAAUUUAAGGCCAGAGGAGCCGAACUGGAUGCAGAGCUGGCUUAGAGAAUUUUUCCAGUUCAGCUACCUUGACCUUAAAUUUAAAAUUCACUUUAAAUUCUCAUUAUAGUAAGCAACCCACAGAUAAGAACAUUUCAUCUAUGCCUUGUAGAAUUGCUGGCAAAUGUGUCUAGAUUUAUUUAAAGUCAGAGGUUAAAAAAAAUUAAAUAUAAAAAAACUGCCUGCCUCCCAGCUAGUUUAGUCUUUGCCUAAGAGCACAGAGAUAGAGGUUGUGCUCGGCAUAUGUGUUCUAAGGAAAACCAUCCUUUGGGCAUAUCUCCUGCUUGGGUUCAGCCAAGGGAAAGCAAUGUCUGUAAGUUGAAGGAGGGGCAGGCUCUGUGUGAGAGCAACAUGAAACUGCCACAAUGCCUUAUGCAGGAGCUUUGAACAGGCAACUGAGAAUGGAGAGUGAUGGUGAUCAGAUUAUUUAUUUUAUUUUUUAUUUGCAUUCCAUAAAGCCCAACAUAAAGUCGGGGACAUUUAACCUGUAAUGGGAAGCUUGUCUGUUCUUCCCAAACAGGGGUAUGCAGGAGAGGUGUGUCUUACAGCAAGUUUAACAACUAUUGAAAAUAAGAAUAAUGCUCUCAGCAUGAGACAGGUAGUAAUGGAAAUAAAUGAGUUUUCAGCAGUAUUAAAGGAAGAAACGCUUAAUUGUAUAACAUGAGUCAAGCCAGACGGUUAGAAAACUGCAAACCUAUGUCUGUCAUGACAGGUUAAAGGGAAAUUAGUGCCAGAAAAACAAACUCAUUUUCCUGGCACUAUAGCUCCCAUGGUGCAGAAAUUAUAAAAAACACUUUUGUAACUUUACCUGGGUCCAGCGCAGAUGUUUCUUAGCGCUGGCUUGGGUCUGCCUUCUCUCCUCCAGUGCCGAUGACAGCCAGCGGGGGAGAACUAAUGCGCGCAUGCGCGGCAAUGGCCGCGCUCGCAUUAGGAUUUCCACUGCUUUCCUAUGGGGAUUCUGGAGACGCUGCAAGUCGUCCAGCGUCAGGUGUCCUAAAGUCGCCUAAUGAUCCAGAAGUUGCACUAGUGGCUGUCUGGUAGACAGCCACUAGAGGUGGAGUUUAAAAAAAAAACAAAAACCUGCAAUAAUAACUCUUGCUGGGUUAAGGGGGCUGGGGCACUGCACUCAAGCCACUUCAAUGAGCUGGGUGCCUAUAGUGUCCCUUUAACUUUAAGUGGGAAAUUGUGUGCUAUUUAAAAAUGUGGUUCCCCAGGCUGAUGUUUAAACAUUACUUUCACAAAACAUUGAUUUAAAAUUGUGAGAGAAUUGACUAGAUAUUGACAGCUGUCAGGAAUUCUUGCUAUCUUUUGGCAGCACAGUCCUAUGUGCGCUUUACCACUGAUGUCAUUUAUAAAGUGGCACUUCACUACCAAAAUACAAAAAACGAUGAUAAUUGAAUGUCUGCAUGUUUAAUAUAUAUAAUUUAUAUAAUUAAUAUGUAAACAUGCAGACAUUUCAUUGUGCAUUUUUCCAUUGGGGCUACACCUAAAACCAGUUUGCAAAACCUGUAGUUCACUUGUCUUGCAGCCUUUGCAAGCCCUCCCCUACUAACUCCACCCAGACUUUCUGUGGCUGUCCAAUCACAGACUUUCCAAUGCAGCUCAAUUGGAAGUCUUUGCAAGACAGGUACUCUGGGCAUUUGCUGCUAAACAACCAGGAAGUAACCGGGUUGGUUGGUUGACAAUCAGGGGUGUAACAGGGUAAAUUUCUAAUGAAAUCUGCACUUUUUUGUAAAAUGACAUACUCCUCACACAUAAAUCUACAAAUCUACAAUAAGUAGUCCCUUUAAUUCUGUAUAAUGUAUUUGGGUUUAAGUCCUCAGACACCCCUGGUGUGUCUAACUGGUGAUGGGGUUCAGAGAUAUCCACUGAUCCCUAUUAUUCAAUUUCCUUUAAUGUUAUGUCUGAGUUGUUGUUGUGUUUAUUUUAUUUUUUUAUUCACUUUCUUCCUUUUAAUUUGUGCAUUUAAGUUGAUAUUUUUCAAUGCAAUAUUGAACAUUUGCUCUUCUAGUAAUGUGCUUUAUUUUGUUUAGUUUUUCCAGGAAAUUGUUCAUUUUAUUUGAAGCAUUGAAGACUCUGUCACUGGCGUAUAUCAACAUCUUCCUGGGAAAACCUCCUGCUCAGUGCAUAGGACUCUUUUUUUUUACCUCACUACUCAUUUGCUCUUUGUCUGUGGGUGCUCAAUUCUGGAGCACUCUACUCUUAACAUUGACAAUAUUUUAAAGAUAUCUGUACUUUAGCAUAAGCGAUUGCAUUCCACAAACUAAUCUGCGGAUUGAUACACUAAUGCUUGUGGAAAGAUGGAUAUCUUGAUAGCACAUGCUCUACUUUAUGAAUUGAAUUAUGUUACUUCCAUACUCGUCUAGUAAUCACACGCUUGUGAAUUUUUUUAUUUUUUUAUUUUACAAUUCGUAUAAAGAACAAUUUUGUUGGUACCAUAGAUCCAAUAUUGGGUUCUAUCACUUACAGUAUUGAUCCAGACUAGACUCUUGCACAUACAUCUUAUUUUUCCUUUUAGUUAGAAAAAAGGAACCUUCAAGGAAAUGUUUAUAUGUGAUAAUCAUGCAUACAUGUAAUUUGUCUGUCUAUGAAGCAGCAUUCAUAGAAAAUCCGACUGGCCUUCCCUGCCUGUAACUAUUACAGGAAUCAAUUUACUGUUUUCCUUGUUGAAACGGAGCCGAAAAUCAAAUUAUGGUCAUCAGCAGAAAUAUGCAAAGGUUAGCUUAAACUGGUUGUGGUUCCCUGUCUGUUCUCAGGUGGAGACUGCUCUGGUAAAUUUGAAAGAAAAAAAUAAGCAAGUUUGCAUACACUUUUCAGCAUCUCUAUGUGUGCACGCUUAGUAAUUUUCCUCUAGAAUGUUAUGGGAAGAAAAUUGACUGAGAGGACAAGCCUGAAAAUGGGUUUUGCGUACAGAUAGUUGCAGUACCAAUUAUAAGGUGAAUGUAUUUGUUUUUGUUUUUUUAAUCCAUGCAUUCUUACAGAACAGUCAGCUCAACACCAAAACUAAAAAAAAAAAUCAUUGCAAUAAGGAAACACUUCAUGCUACUCCUACUUUGGCUAUACAAUCUUGCAAAACAAAAACCUCUCAAUUUUUCUGCUUUUACCUCUUCAGGACUAGGUAGCUCAUAACAUCUUUAUUUUUCUCUUUUUAUAGUUAGUAGAGUUGCUGGGGUUUCUCCCAGAGAUCUGCAGUAUGUAAGCCAACCUGGAGCAGUAAAGCAUUUGAUUAUGUACGAGAUUAACGCCCUGUUACUGGGGCAUUUAGUGUGUGUGUGUUUCCUCCAGAUGGAGUGUUAACAAAACCUUAACUCUAAUUCUCUGAAAAAGUAAAUUUACAGACGUAAGAAAUUGUUUUGGAAUGCAUACUAAGUUCCCCUGCUGCUUUAGAUGUAUUGUAAUUUGGUGCCUUGACACUCUCUUCUCCAAUGUUUUCUGUCUUAAUCCAAGAGUUCACAUCAGUUAGAUUACAUAGGGUGUUUAAAAAUAUUAAAAGCUUGAGAGGAGUUGUAGUUAGUUGUGGUACAAAAGGUUUUUAGAAUUAGUGGUUAUGGUUCAAGUGGUAUUAAAUUUAAAAUUGGGAUACACCGUUUUUAAGAGGAGUAAAACCUAGGAUUAAGGUGAAAGGUUUUGUUUCAGAUUUAGGCAUAGCAUGCUUAAAGGGACACUAUACGCACCCAGAACUUUUCAUCUCAUUGAAGUGAUCUGGGUACACUGUCCCUGUCCCCACCCCUUUAGCUCUGCAGCUGUUAACAUUGCCAUUUCAGAGAAACAGUAAUGUUUUCAUUGCAAGGCUAAGACUGCAAUUCGUGUCAUAUGCCUUGUGUGAGGACGUCCAGUGUCCUCUAAAUCCUCAGAGUAAAUAAUUUGGUCUAUGCUUUCCUAGGAGGAAAGCCUAAUGCACGUUUGGUCUUUGCCGCACAUGUGCAUUAGAUUUCCCCUAUUGUCUGACGUCUGCAGAGGAGGAGCCCAAUCCAGCGCCAAGGGACAGACAUUGGCACUGGAACCAGGUAAGGGAAAAAAGGGUUGUAUAACCCUUUACUUGCCACUGGGUGAGAGUUGCAAGGGAGGGAGCAGAUUCUAAAUCUAAAGUUUUCCUUUAGAUUUUGCAGUAAAGAAAGGGUUUCUUUUAGGGUUUUAUGUUUUCGUUUUUUAGGGUGGGGGGGGUGGGAGGGUACAUUUAGGGAUGAGAGAAUAGGUUAUACAUGUUGUGUAGAGUGCAAGAGUUUGAAGAGUUGUUUGCCAAGUACCCAACCUCGUAUAGUUAAUAACAGAGCUGUGUGAACUGUUAUACAGUUUGCAUCACUCAGUGCUGUCUGUGCUCCUAAUGCAAGGCAUUUCCUGUGUGAGAAGUUCUUAGAUGUCAGAUCAUGGGAAGUGAUCACUUGCUGUGCAGCUCACACACAGACACUGGAGUAGCUGGGACAGCACUGAGUUUUACACCUUCUAUAACUGUUCCUGCGGCUCUAUCAAGCAUGGGAGGAGAACUAGACUACAGAGGACUCCUGAUACCCUCUCCUCACCAGCCUACUUAAGCUCCAAAAAGGUACUUUAUAGGUGCUAUAAAUAGGUACCCCAUACAGGAUAUGCACCUACAGGACCCGUGUAAGUGUCAAACAGUUGAUUGAUCAAAUUGGUUUUGAGACUCCUGGCACCAUAGUGACUACAGCAAGCUGUACUUAGACUACCCCUUCAAUCAAAUAGAACAUGUUAAAGAUGGUAUUCCAUUUAAUGCAGGAAUAAAUUAUUUGCCUUUUCCAAAGUUGCCUUAUAUCUCCAGGACCUCUGCAUCCCAAACCAUUUACUUACAAUGGCUAUUAUCAUAUCUGAACCAGUAAGCUAUACAUAGUAUUUCAUAGGAAUGAAACAUUUGGUCCGCCGUCCUCACAAUCUCUAUAUGUAGCUCAAAGAUUUUAUUUUUUUGGACAUUUUUAAUGAUCAAAGUGGUUCAUUGCUUUUUCACGCUGUAAUUACAGGAAGUGCUGUCUUGCGAAGGCCAGGAUAUUGAUAUUCCUUUUUUUUUUGCUAUUUUUAACUGAUGUUACUGGCUGGUGAGAUUUCAGCCUGCGACUGAGCCUUUUACCUAUUUAUAUGGUAAAUUAUUUAACUGACUUUAUCCUGAUAGCUUUCCUUUCCUACAUUAUGCAGUGAACUUGUAUUGGCUUACAUUUUAGGGAAAUGUGUUUCUAAACAGCCAGUGUUGGGCACUGCCAAUGCUGUUUCAAAUAUGUUUGUGUUUGUCAUCAUGUCUUUUACAAUCUACAAAGGGAAUAGAUUUACCUAGACAGGUCAGAAUCAUACUGAGCUUAGCAUGCCCAUUUGUUUUAUCAGUAUUAAAUGCUGCAUUUGUUGUGAGACUUUCAUAAUGUAUCUUGUAUAACAAUGGAAACCUUUUUACUUGACUUUAUAUACAAUAAAUGUGUGAUUUCUUAUAUAAGUUAUACCA